UAUCAGUCAUCAACGCAGCAGUCGGCAAGAAAGCUGACAUAUAUUUUUGGAUUUAAAUUUUUAUGGCUACCAUGCAGGUGCACUGUUGAAAACCAGCAAAAUACAAGAGUCUAGACGACCGCGAAAUCGAAGAUGGAGAUGACACUGGGGGCGACGCUGCAUGUGUACAAAGGAGAAUGGGGGCUGCCGUCCAUUGACUUUGAAUGUUUACGUGCUUUGUGCCUCCUGCGAUUCACCCGCUGCCCGAUGAACGUGCAGACGAGCUCCAAUCCGCUGCGGUCCGGGGCAGGGAAGCUGCCCUACUUGCAGAUUGGCAACCAAAAGUACCCGGGCUACAGGCAAAUAAAGCGCGUGCUGGAUCUCGAGGGUUACCCGAUUGAUGCGCAUUUAAGCACAAAACAAAAGCAUUUGUCCAGCGCCUACGCCAACUGGGUGUUCACCAAUCUGCAUGCCUACUACCACUACUUCCUAUACGGCGAGCCGCACAAUUUCGACUCGACUACGCGCGGUCUGUACGCCAAGCGAACUCCAUUCCCUUUCAACUUCUACUACCCGUCGUCCUACCAGCGCGAAGCCUGCGACGUGGUCCAGGUAAUGGCUGGCUUCGAUGUCAACGACAAGUUGGCCAAGCACGAAGGAGACUACCUCGUUGUCAAUGCCAAAAAGUGCGUGAAUGUGCUCUCCCGCAAGUUGGGUCGUAAAGUCUGGUUCUUUGGCGACACUUACAGCGAGUUCGAUGCCAUUGUAUAUAGCUACCUAGCCAUCAUCUUCAAGACCACACUGCCCAACAAUCCACUCCAGAACCACAUCAAGGGCUGCCAAAACCUCGUCAACUUCAUCAACCGCAUCACGAAGGACAUAUUCCGUAACGAGGGCUACAGCUCCACGAAGCUCACAAAAACUUCAAGUGGAGCGGGUGAGAGUAUAACGCCCUCGGAACACAAGUUUGUCGAGUCGGAGUUCAAUACCAAAGUCAUUGCCGGCGUUGGAGCCGUGCUGGCCAUGGGAGCAUUCGCCGCAUGGCGUGGAAUUUAUAACCAGCUAACAGCACGCUCCUCAACGGACUACGAUGGCAUAGACUAUGAUGACGAUGAUAUGGAGGAAGGCCUCGACUAACUGCACCUCCCACCACCAUCUCUCUGUUUAUCUCUAUGUAGUAUAUAUGUAUAUUUUAAAUACAAAUGAGGGGAAGAAGCACAACGAAGGCGUGAGCAUUAGAUAGGGUCGAUUUAUGAGGAGGAGAAUCAAAGCGUUGGAAAAUAAUCUUGUGACAAUUCACCAAACUAUCUUAUCUGGUAGUGAAAAUUUAUUUAUUUUAUUAAUGGCAAUUGUUCUUGGCUUUCUCUUAUAAAUAAGAACAUUGUCUGAAGUUUUCGAAAGAAUAAUCACAAGGUUACUUUCCUCCAGUUGAUGGAUCCUAGAGAAAUCGGCCCAAUCUAAUAUACAUAUUCGAUAUAUGUAUGUAUUAUGAUUCGAAAUCAUUUUAAACCUUCUUGUGUAAAAUAGCAUUUUGAAACCAUCUGAGCGUAAUAAAGGGAAUAACUAACACCUUGUUAAUAUGAAAGAGAAAGUACCAAAAACCUACAUCUAUGUAUCUCCAAUAAAGAAAACCAGUGUCCCUCGGA